AUGGUGCUUCAUGAUCAAGUAGAUUGGCGAAACCUCGAGGAUUCAUUGGCGCUAGAUGUCAGUCUCGUCGAGUCGGUCUUCUACAAUCUCUGCAACGUUUACAACAACCGACAGCAUGACCGUGAACGGCGCCGAAGGACUCAAGAUUCAGCCUCCAACAAUGACGAAGAUCAACGCAACCAACUUGAUGAUAAACUGUUUGCCAAAGCAGACGUGUUGUUGGCACUGGAAAAUACAAACGGGUAUCUCGAGAAGCGUCCGUGGCUGCGAGUUCUGCAUACUCGACUGGCUUGUAUAUCGUUUGAGAAGGAAGGAGCUAGCUUACACGACUUUGUACGUUGUCGUCAACGAGACCGUACGGUGUGUCUACGUGACGUUAAACGUCGGCUUGAAGACAUUUACACCGAUGCUAAACUCUCGAUGGAAGUUGAGGAGAAUCACAAGAAGUUCGUCGCUCAAGCUCGAGCUGUGUCUCCGUGGUGUGUUCGAAAUCCAAAAUGGUUGCAUUCUUCUCUAGCUCGACAGCUCUACGGUGUUCACGUUCUACCUCCUCGUCGUGUGACGGAGGGAGAGUUGCAAGCGCAGCGUGAUUGUAUCGCGAGUCACGCGCGUGCAGUUGUCGGUGCUGCUGUGGGUGUUGUUAUGGACAAGAUACUAGCGCCUUAUCUAACUCGUCCUAAGACAACUGGGAGACGCACGGGUCGACGCCAUGCUGUGGAUUCUGCAAGAGCGAGUCCAAGUCAGCGCCAAGCUAAAGUCAAACGCGAACAAGUUGAACGUGACAGACAGUUGCGAGCUCUGCGAUUGGACCUGCUUGCUCCCACAGCAAAUUUCACUUCAAGUAAUGAAGUUGAGGUUACGAAGAAGAGUAAGGAAGACAUUGCUCGAGUGAUGACACAGCUAGCGACGGUGGAAGCUCAAGGCGACAUUCGCUGA